AUGCUGGGCCAGGUGUGUUUCCUCUGCGAUCCCGUGAUGGGACUCGGGUAUCGACCAAACACAACUCUUCGGUUGGACGUUGAGGGCCUGUAUUAUUUGCUGGCCAUUCCACGAACCCUACGAGUGCUCUCCAAUCCCAAGAAUGUCAAGUCCAGGCCCUUGGACACCUACGAGCACAACUUGGUGAUUGCAUUUGGUAGCGACCAGGUGAGGCUCUCAAAGGAGGCCGAGGCUGUUGGGUAUGCCAAAAAUCACACAGACCAGAAGAGCAGUACCUGGCUGGAUUCGGGAUUUGUGACGGUGAACCAGAAGAUAAGCCAAGUGGUGACACCCUUUUUGUCUACGUUCAUCAACGGCCAGAUCGAUAACGCCAGGGAUCGAGAGCAUAAGCGCCUUGCCGCCGAGCAUCACCGGACCGCCACUCACGUUGACCUGACUGUCGGCAACAUUGUCACCUACCAGCAGUACAUUGCGGCCAAUCUCGGUCAGUUGAUGGAAUACACGACGGUGUGGAAGAAUCCGUACGAUGAGUUGCGCGAUGUUGUCAACUCCUUGCUCGCUGCAGGACUGAGUAUGAUCCCGGUUAUGGGUCCCAUUUUCGCCGCUGUUGAAACCGUCGCCUACGAUGCCAUGUGCCAUCCAGAAUGGUUUGAAGAUCCAGCUAAUAAAUCGAGCCUUGCUGCUGGUACAGUUGCGGGAUCUGGGAAUAUGUUUAAAAUGGUGAACGGAGCGAAACUGUUUAAGUACCUUCGCAGGCGCUGA